AUGGAGAAGCACUCGCCAGCACUGGGGCCUCCGUCUCAGCGCACCUGCAUCAUCUACUGGGCCCUCAUCCUGCACAACGGUGAGGUGACAGUCACUGAGGAUGAGAUCAAUGCCCUCAUUAAAGCAGCAGGAGUAAAUGCUGAAGCUUUCUGGCCGGGCUUACUUGCAAAGGCCCUGGCCGACGUCUACAUCGGCAGCCUCAUCUGCAAUGUAGGGGCUGGUGGACCUGCCCCAGUAGCGGGUGCCGCACCAGCAGGAGGUCCUGCUCCCUCCACCACUGCUGCCCCAGCUGAGGAGAAGGAAAUGGAAGCAAAGAAAGAAGAAUACAAAACAAAAGACUAA